AUCAAUGGCGGAGGCAGGUGGCCGGUAUGCAUUAGUUACGGGAGGGAACAAAGGGAUCGGGUUGGAGAUAUGUAGGCAGUUAGCUUCGAAAGGAAUUGUGGUAAUUUUAGGUGCAAGGGAUGAGAAGAGAGGCCAUGAAGCAGUGGAAAGCCUCAAGGACUCUGGCCUUUCUGAUUAUGUGGUUUUUCAUCAACUCAAUGUUGUCGAUGCUGCAAGCAUAGCUGCUGCUGUCCAAUUCCUCACAACAACGUACGGGAAGCUUGACAUUCUGGUGAACAAUGCAGGCAUCGGAGGAAUAGGACUGGAGGGAGAUGCUUCAAUUAUUCAACAAAUUAUAGAAGCAGAUGUUGCUUCAGUCCUUGCUAAUGCAAAUGGAGAGGCAGAGCCACUGCAGCUCAAGGCAGGGGCAAUUCUUAUCCAGACAUACGAGGCCGCAGAAGAGUGCAUACAAACAAACUUCUACGGUGCAAAGAGAGUAACAGAAGCCUUCAUUCCUCUCCUUCGACUCUCUGAUUCGCCAACUAUUGCCAAUGUCUCCUCCUUAUUAGGCCACCUAAAGCUCUUGCAGAAUGAGCGCGCUAAAACUGUCUUGAGCAACGAGGCAUGCCUUACGGAAGAGAGCAUAGAAGGGGUGGUGCGAGAAUUCCUCAACGAUUUCAAAGAGGGGAGAUUGGAAGAGAACAAGUGGCCAACUCAUGUUACAGCCUAUAAAGUCUCUAAAGCGGCUUUGAUUGCAUACACAAAAGUGUUGGCUAAAAAACACACAGAUAUCCGCGUCAACUGCCUCUGCCCCGGAUUUGCUAGAACAAAUAUUACUUGCAAUCUUGGCCCACUCAGCGCCGAGGAGGCUGCUCAGAAUGUGGUCAGGGUGGCGCUGCUGCCUCGUGGAGGGCCUUCGGGCGCCUUCUUUUACGAGGAUGCUCUGUAUUCUGCUUGAUGGAUAGUUAGUGUGCGUGUGUGGAAGCCUUGCAAUCACACUGUUCAUGAUUUGGUCUUGUUUUUUUUUUUUAUGGAUUUUGUGUUUGUUUGUGAGCAGGUUUUGAUGCUUUUGUUGUGAUGGAUAAGUUGUAAAGAGUGAAAAUGACUGUGUGUUUGUUUGUGUGAUUUGAUGAUUUUGUUCAUGAAAAACAUUGCUCAUUCAUAUGAUUUGAUGAUUUAGCGUU